AUGACUGUUGACACUCUGGCUCUGGGUCCAGUGACCACUUCUCUAGUUUGUUUAAACUAUCCAUUAAUUAUCUAUGGUAAGAAUUUUGGGAUGGAUUUAGUCUACCUAUCGUUGAAUAAACUUGAUGUUAUCCUUGGGAUGAACUGGUUGGAGUUCAACUAUGUGCAUAUCAACUGUUACAACAAAUCUGUAUCGUUCCUUGACAUCAAUGAAUAUGAGGGAAUGUUUGUGUCAGCUAAGCAAGUAAAUAAGGUUGUGAAUGAUGGUGUGCAGGUGUUCAUGAUGAUGUUAUCUAUGAGUGCAGAAGUCAAAGUGGUGAUUAAUGAGCUACCAGUGGUAUGUGAAUUUCCAGAAGUAUUCCCAGAUGAUGUCCGUGAUUUUCCACCAGAGCAAGAGGUUGAGUUUGCUAUUGACUUAGUACCUGGUACUAGCCUUGUUUCAAUGGCUUUGUAUAGAAUGUCUGCUUUAGAUUUGGGUGAGAUGAAGAAACAAUUAGAAGAGUUACUUGAGAAGAAAUUUGUUCGACCAAGUGAUUCUCCUUAG